AUGGCACCAAACUCUUCGACCUCGUUACCUAGACGCACCUCACUGCGAUUGGCUCAGUCUUCGUCCAUUUCUACUCCGGCCAAGAAAGUUGAUCAAACUUCCACAAAUGAAGACUCGUCCGCAUCGAUUGGGACUGUUGGAUCCCAUCAAGGCAAUCAUAGGUCCGCGUCCCUUGAGGUUGCCAUUCCAUUGAAGAAACACACGCCUCAUCGUUCCCCUUCGGCAUCCACCUCUACUGAGGAGUCAAAUAUUCCGGGGCCAAAGAAAAGGGUCAGCGCUUCCGCUCGUGCCAGGGAACUUCGUUCAAGCACCAUGUCUCUCAACCCGCAAAGGAGACGCAAAACAGCUCUAACAGUUAAUACCGCCAGUGACUCUGCUUCCGAGGCUUCCGAUGCAGCUCUAGCAAGGGCUCUUCAGAUUGAAGAAUAUCAGUCACUACCUUCUAAACGGCGAAAGGUUUCUGAGGGUAUCAAAUCGGAAAUCAAAGACUCUGAUGAUGACAGUAUUCUGACGGAGCUUGAGAGUGAUGAUAACAUGGGUCAAGGCGACUUUAAACAAUGGCAGCCACCACGCAAGUCUAGAACUUCUCUCCGAUCCGCGAGGAAACCUAUGGUUGCAAAUAGCGAAGAUAGCACGUUUAGUGCCGAAGACAUGUCUGAAGAAGAUGACAGUUCCUCAAGUGAUUUUGGGUCAAACGAUCAAACGUCAUCAAAUGAGGGAAUGCCUUCAGUCAUCCAAAGGGGAUCCAGAAACCGAAAUGCGACCAACACAAGGCGUCGUGCACGAAAUCGGAGACAAACCACUAGAGGUUCUGUAGCGUUAAAGGAGCGAAAGAAGCUCGAAAAACAACAUCCAUACGUCACGAAGAUGUGGGAAGAUUUAAAAAACGCACCACCUAUAACACCAGUGGCAGCAGCGCAACCUUCGAGCAUAUCAAGAACACUUAAAUCAUUCCAGCUUGAAGGUUUGUACUGGAUGAUGCAACAAGAAAAGUCACAAUAUAAAGGUGGCCUCCUGGGGGAUGAAAUGGGCAUGGGAAAGACCAUCCAGGCGGUUUCCCUACUUAUGUCCGACUACCCCAUUGGCAAGCCAUCACUUGUCGUUGUCCCACCUGUCGCUCUCAUGCAAUGGCAAUCAGAGAUCAAGGAAUACACAAAUGGCCAAUUGAAAGUUUUGGUGUAUCACAAUUCUAAUUCUAAGGUCAAAGGCCUCUCCAAGAAAGACCUUCAAGCCUAUGAUGUUAUCAUGAUAUCUUAUUCCGGUCUUGAGUCCAUCCACCGUAAAGAAUGGAAGGGGUGGAAUCGCAACGACGGGAUUGUUAAGGAAGACAGUGUGAUCCACUCCAUUCAUUACCAUCGGCUCAUUCUCGAUGAAGCCCAUAGUAUCAAGCAACGCACCACAAGUGUUGCUCGUGCGUGCUUUGCAUUAAAGGCCAACUACAAAUGGUGCCUUUCUGGUACUCCUGUUCAGAAUCGAAUUGGAGAAUUUUUUUCUCUUUUACGCUUUCUGGAAGUCCGCCCUUUUGCCUGCUAUUUCUGUAAACAAUGCAAGUGCCAGCAACUUCAUUGGUCUCAAGAUGCUGAGAAGCGGUGCACUGAGUGUAGGCACAGUGGGUUUAGUCAUGUCUCGAUCUUUAACCAGGAGAUUUUGAAUCCUAUCACCGAGAGAGACCAUCCAGAAGCACGAAAAGAGGCCUUGUCUAAAUUACGGCUUAUCACCGACAGGAUUAUGCUAAGGCGUGUCAAGAAAGACCACACCGCGUCAAUGGAACUUCCACCAAAACGAGUGGUUCUUCACAACGAGUUUUUUGGUGAGAUUGAACGUGAUUUCUCUCGAAGCAUCAUGACCAAUUCCUCCAGGCAGUUUGAUACAUAUGUGAGCCGAGGAGUGAUGCUAAACAAUUAUGCCAACAUUUUCGGCCUGAUCAUGCAAAUGCGGCAAGUUGCCAACCACCCCGACCUGAUUUUGAAAAAGCAUGCCGAGAGUGGGCAAAACGUGCUGGUCUGCAGUAUCUGUGACGAACCUGCGGAGGAAGCCAUUCGGUCGCGUUGUCACCAUGAAUUUUGUCGCCGAUGUGCCAAAGAUUACAUACAGUCGUUUGAUGCGGAUACGGUUGUCGAUUGUCCCCGAUGCCAUAUUCCUUUGUCCAUCGACUUUGAGCAGCCAGAUAUCGAGCAGGAAGAAGAAUAUAUCAAGAAGAACUCGAUCAUCAAUCGCAUCCGCAUGGACGAUUGGACGUCGUCGACGAAAAUCGAGAUGCUUGUCUAUGAUCUCUAUAAACUCCGAAGCAAGAAACAGACGCACAAAUCCAUCGUGUUCUCUCAGUUUACGUCGAUGCUACAGCUCGUCGAAUGGCGCCUACGUCGAGCUGGUUUCAAUACGGUCAUGCUGGACGGAACCAUGACCCCGGCGCAACGGCAGAGAUCUAUCGACUACUUCAUGAACAACGUGGACGUUGAAGUAUUCCUUGUCUCCCUCAAAGCCGGUGGCGUGGCGUUGAAUCUAACGGAGGCAUCGAGGGUGUUCAUUGUCGACCCGUGGUGGAACCCAGCUGCUGAAUGGCAGAGCGCUGAUCGAUGCCAUCGUAUUGGUCAACGCCGACCUUGCGUUAUUACUCGACUGUGCAUUGAGGACUCGGUGGAGUCACGAAUUGUUCUCUUGCAGGAGAAGAAGGCGAACAUGAUCAGGGGCACCAUCAACAAGGACCAAGGGGAGGCACUGGAGAAGCUAACCCCCGAGGACAUGCAGUUUUUGUUUCGAGGGUCCUGA